AUGUACAGCAGCACCAUAAGCGACCCGGAAAAGCAUGUCUCUUCAACUGAAGAAAUUAUAGGCGGUGGAUUCACAGCAGUAUGCGAAUCACGAAAAGGGGUUCAAGUGGUUAUAGACAACGACCCCUUCGAUCUCGAUUUUGACGAUGACAGCAUAACGACGCGCUCUGUUAUGAGCAAAGCUUCUUCACAGCAACUGAAACGAUCUUUAAAAGCUCGACACUUGGCAAUGAUAUCCUUAGGCGGCGUCAUCGGCCAAGGUCUUUUUCUAUCGUCAGGCGCAAAUCUCAAUCAGGCUGGUCCGGGAGGUGCACUAAUAGCAUACGGUCUUAUAGGGAUACUGGUAUUUUGGGUGGCAUAUUCGCUAGGCGAAAUGUCGACAUAUAUACCCGUAUCUGGAUCAUUCACAAUUUUCUGUCGACGCUUCGUUGACCACUCCUUUGGAACGAUGAUUGGCUACAAUUAUUGGGCAUGCUGGUCAGUCGUGGUGGCAAGUGAGCUUGUGGCUGUACCUAUAAUCAUGAGCUUCUGGACCAAUGCAUUACCGGACUGGGCAUGGUCUGGGAUAUCGCUCGUGAUUGUUUUGUUGGUCAACUUGCUCGGAGCACGGAGUUAUGGUGAAACCGAAUACUGGUUUAGUUUGAUUAAAAUCCUUGCUGUUAUUAUAUUCAUUAUUGUGGGAUGUCUUGUAUCGGGUGGACUCAUUGGGGAUGAAGUGUACGGUUUCAAGUAUUGGUCUGACCCAGGGGCAUUCCCGAAUGGAGCACAGGGCAUUGUUGACUCACUUAUUCUUGCCUCUUUCAGUAUGCAAGGAACCGAGAUUGUUGGCAUUACGGCUGGUGAAGCUGGUAAUCCAAAGAAGGAAGUUCCACGAGCUAUCAAAAAUGUAUUCUGGCGAAUCAUCAUAUUCUACAUUGGAGCAAUUUUUGUGAUGGGUAUGGUUAUCCCUUACACUGAUACAUCCACUCUUUCGGACUUCACGACCGUAUCGCCGUUUACGAUAGUGUUUUCCAAAGGAAACCUUGAUAGUGUCGCACAUAUAAUGAAUGCAGUCAUUUUAAUAACAGUGCUCUCGUGUGCUAAUAGUGGGUUAUACGUCGCAAGUCGAACUUUGCUAGCUCUCGCUCAAGAAGAUAUUGCUUGGCGCAAACUUUGUUAUAUAUCUGAGCGAGGUGUACCUGUCUACGCUCUCGUAUGCACAUCACUUGUGAGCCUAAUAACAUUCGCCACCUUUUUCAUCCCUGGACGAGCGUUAUUUACAGUUCUUACCAAACUACCAGGCGUUGCCGUGCUGGUGACAUGGACAGGCAUUUGUAUUGCCCACUUCCGUUUCCGUCGCGCAUUUAAACUUCAAGGACGCGAUCUGAAAGACUUGCCCAUGACCGUGCCAAUGCAUCCAAUUGGUGAUAUACUAGACGUAUUCGUAUGUCCAAUCAUUGCACUAUUUACUGGCUACAAGUACUUUAUUCCUGCACAAGCCGUGGGUAUCAUUGGACAAUACUUAGGUCUCAUUCUCUGUCUAGUUGGAUUCAUCGCACUCAAAGUUUUCACAAAGUCAAAAUUGAUACCACUUAAGGAGAUGGAUUUGGAUACCGGUCGAUCAGAUAUAUCUUAUGAUCCACAAGAAGCAUCAAAACUUUCAGGACCAUGGUAUGCACGUGCAUGGAAGAGGGUAGUCAUUGCAUUGACGUAA